AUGAUUUAUGGACUAAGCGCCCUCCUCGCAGUGGAAAUGAAAACCUUUGGUACCUUGGACUUAGACACCUUGCGGGCCAAUCGGGGGGCGAAGAUCAAGGGGAUCUCUACGGUUGAGUGUGAUGCUUGUGGAAUAGCCAAGGUGAAGUGGCAGGUCCGUCGACAGAGACGAGUUCCACCUGAGAAGGCGAGGAUUCAACUAGUUAUUGAUUUUCAUGACAUUAGUGGGGAUCCCGGCUACACUUCAGCUAUGCUGGAUACCGAUCGCUAUUCUGGCUAUAUUUGGGACUAUCAUCUUCCCGAUCAAACUGCACCAACGCUUCUUAGCGCACUUAAACAUCUGCUUAGAACACUUGAGCGCCAACUCCAGUGCAAGCCUGCAGUCAUCGAGUGUGACAAUGAGAUCCCAGAUAGUCACCAGGGACAGCGUUGUUGUCACGGAGCGGAUGACCUUAGAGAACUUGGUGAGGAAGAACUUAUCCAGCGCCUCACCGAAGCCGAGGUCCCACAGGGAUCCAGCAUCAAUCUGGAUGCUUCAACCCAAGAAGAAGACGAGGAACUCAGCGCCUUGCCAGAGGGACUAGCGUUUGAGCGGGAGGUUGCGAGUCAUCCACCUGAAGGGUUGGAACGCGAUCUGACGAUCACGCAGGGUGAGAAUGGCAGGAAACCAGUCGCAGGAGGUCGUAAUCGAGAUGAUCCUGACGGGACUGAUCACCUCUACACGACCGCACGAUUCGCUCCUACCUGA